GCCCGGCCGACAUGAGCGACCUGGAGGAGAACCACUUCGAGGGCAGAGAGUCUCGCUCUCAGUCAAAAUCUCCGACUGGAACACCUGCUCGUGUCAAAUCGGAGAGCAGGUCAGGAUCUCGUAGUCCAUCGAGGGUUUCUAAGCACUCUGAAUCCCAUUCUCGAUCAAGAUCAAAGUCCAGAUCAAGGUCAAGGAGGCAUUCUCAUAGACGUUACAGUCGCUCCAGAUCUCAUUCUCACUCUCAUAGAAGACGAUCUCGAAGCAGGUCUUAUACACCAGAAUAUCGGCGUCGAAGGAGCCGCAGUCAUUCUCCAAUGUCUAACCGGAGAAGACAUACAGGCAGCAGGGCAAAUCCAGAUCCUAACACCUGUCUUGGAGUGUUUGGCCUCAGUUUAUAUACCACAGAGAGAGAUCUUCGUGAAGUAUUUUCUCGAUAUGGACCAUUGAGUGGAGUCAACGUGGUUUAUGAUCAGCGAACUGGACGAUCACGAGGAUUUGCUUUUGUUUAUUUUGAGAGAAUUGAUGACUCAAAGGAGGCCAUGGAAAGAGCAAAUGGAAUGGAGCUGGAUGGUAGAAGAAUUCGUGUCGACUAUUCCAUCACCAAAAGAGCACACACACCUACACCAGGCAUCUACAUGGGCAGACCAACUCAUAGUGGCGGUGGAGGUGGUGGAGGUGGAGGUGGAGGUGGAGGAGGUGGCCGACGGCGAGAUUCAUACUAUGAUAGAGGAUAUGAUCGUGGGUAUGACAGAUACGAAGAUUAUGACUACCGAUAUAGAAGAAGAUCACCUUCUCCUUAUUACAGUCGAUACAGAUCACGAUCAAGGUCUCGAUCCUACAGCCCAAGACGCUAUUGACGAACAGAAUGGUUGCAUUUGAGAACAUCAUUUUCUCUUGAUUUUCUUCUUUUGUUUAAUUCUGGAUUUCCCCCAAACUUCUAAUCCUUCCUGUUCCUCGAAGAACCCUUGGAGAAAAUCUUUGGUUUAUUUAUCAUCUACACUUUAUUAGUUGUAUUGGUGUUUUCCGCCCCUUUUAUAUACUCUUAAGGAUAUAAUUGUCAUUUUGAAUAAUUGAACAUUUUGAGUAAAAAAGGGAACUCAAUGCUAUGCUUUGUUAAUUUUUUUCCUUUGCCCUUUUUUUCACCCCAGAAAAUUAACUACUGGCUAAUCAAACGAGGACAUAAAUGAUCUUUGUAAAGUGUCUUUUAAGUUAGAUACUGUAUUAGUAUUGUAUCAAAGAUUUGCAUUUAUGAUGAACUUUUUUUUUAACCCCUCUUUUGAGGAAGAUAGUAACAUAUAAAGUAGUUCAGUCAUGUCAACUUUGGAGUGGUAUAGAGCAAUCAACUAGUCGAAUGUAGAAAGUUUGAAGUUAUAGAGGAAAAUACUUCAUUUCUUUUGAGAAUGAACUUUUUGAGCCCUACAAAAUUAAGUUGAUUUUUAGAGGUAAGAAAUGUAUAGGCUUCUACAAACAUUUUGUAUUUAAAAUACAUCUGUUAAAACUUAAAAACUAGUGUGUGGUUUUUGUGUUGACUUUCUUAGAAAUAUUAAGUAUUCCCUUAAUUAGUGAAGGACAACCCUUAUUUAUUACCUAGCAUAAUUAUAUACUUUGCUGUUUGAAUUUUUGGUUUCGGGUCCUUGAUUUAAACAGGCUGUUGUAUGAAUCUUAGAAUUGUGUAUGUAUGGAGAAAAUACAUUCUUUUACAAAUAAAAGUUAAUUUCUUUGAAAAUGGAA